UAGGCUGCUGUCUCUCUGCUUGCUGUCUGUCCCCUGCACCCAGCCCCUCUGUCUCUCACCCCCCCCAGACACACAUGCAGUGUCCCCAGCAGACACCUGAGACUGCUGCUGCAGCAGAGGCCGGGGGAUGAGGUCUGCUCCCCCUGCAUGAGGACUGUGCCCCCUGCAGCCCCUCUCUGCACAGCAGGAGCAGCAUGCAUUGCUAACCAGGUAUUUCCUCCCCCAAUAUAAGGUCCCCAGCCCCGGGUGCCAGCUUGCAGGGGUGGGGGGAGCACAUGGCAGCCUGUCUAGUGGCUGGUGAUUCAGGGCAAAGGACAGGCUGAUUGCAACAGCUGUAAGUGCAGAGCCAGAGACUGAUCCAGACCCUGCUGCUGCUGCUGGAGGAGGCGGCAUGGUCGCCCCGGGGUGGAUGCAGCCGCAUAAGCUGGCAAUCGCUACGUGAAGCGUUUUAUCCUUCUCCUUCAGCGUUUCCAAAGAUGACCUAAACCGAUCGCUAUCUAGACGUGUUUUCUGAGCCCGCUGUGUGCACCCGAAGCCUAAAGUUCCAUGAGAAUAACUGUACAUGCCAUUUCCCUGUUUUGCACAGAUCACACAGCCAGUAGCUAAGACUAAGGGGGGAAAAAUUGUACUUUGCACAUAAAAUAUCUUCGUUUUGCCACCCGGUAAGCCGCAGUAUAUUGCAGUUUUGUUAUAUAAUGCUCCUUUAUUUUUUCCCCUUAUGGGCGUUCUGAACGGCAAACUAUAAAAUAAAACCUCCAAUUUGUAAAUUGAAACCAUCUGGGGAAACGCCGACAGAUCUGGAAAACAACAUUGAGCGUGUCCCUGGAGCUCCACGGGGGUGACUAUUUCUCGGGAUACAAUUGGAAAAGUUGACAGUGCCCCUUGUGCAGCGACAGCACCUCGCUCACCGCGCGGCCAAUUGCACAAUCUGACUUACACAGCAGGAUCUGGCAGAGCAAUGUGCGCCCCGGGGGUAAGAAGCUGAGGUUUUAUUGUUUGUUUUUUUGGCACGUUUUAGCGUAAUUUUUUUUUUUUUUUUUUUUGCUGGGCAUAAAAUAUUCCUGACUUACUGUGACAGCGAACGGCGUUUUCCCGUAAUACUUGACUCGUGCAUAUUACCUUAAACCGGCUCCAAGGUAAAUUGCUUAAAUAAGGUGCAGCCGGAUUUUUUUUUUAAUUUGUACUUUUUUUGUGGUGUGGCCGAGAAAACGCCACCUUAGCACUUUUUUUGUUUUCUCGGAAGGUGUUUAACCUUGGAAGGUAAAAAAAAAAAAAAAAAGACCUUUUGAGAUCAUGGGGUGAGAUAUUUUACGUCGGUAGCAUAAUACUUGGAUUCAGGGAAAGAGACUAUGCUGAGUGUUUUAGUGGAACUGGAACAUAAGACGCAUUUUCUUAGCGAGGAGACAAAAGAACAUUUAGUAAUCGAGGUCUGAGCCAGCAGGAAAACAUGGCCUGUAACUUGGACGUUCCUGCAAUCGUAUCUGGGCCGUAAGUGACCUGACUGGAGAUUUAUAAGAUGCACUCAAUGUAUGGAAAGGUUUCUCUGGAGAAAUAAAGGAUAGCGAGACGUUUAUCCGGGGUAAAGCUGAAAUACGUGUCGCUUACAGAAGUCUAUGGAAGAGGAAUUUAAUGCAGGAGAUACAUACGUUGCACAUGGCUGUUUAGGUGCUUCUUGGUGCAGCGUUGUAGCGGGUUUCUCCUGGUCGGACAAGAAAGAGUGGAGCUAGAUGGUGGACGGUAGGAACCCUGGAGCUAUUUGGGGGACACUGCCCCCGUUUACGGACGUAGAGGCUUUGGUCCUCUACGCGGACGGCUGAAGAGGACGUCGAGGCUUGUCGCACCCAAAGAUGGAUGACGUAAAGAAGUGCGGCUAUCUGCGCAAGCAGAAAUCCAUGCGGAGGAGGUACUUUGUCCUCCGAUCUACCGGACCCCGCGGCCCGGCCCGGCUGGAGUACUACGAGAACGAGAAGAAGUUCCGGCUGGCGGAGGGGUCCGGGGGUCCUCGUGGAGCGGUUGUCCUGGAGGAGGCGUUUGGCGUGAAUAAGAGGACAGAUGCUAAGAAGAGGCACCUGCUGGUCCUGUACACGCGUGACGGGGGUCUCUGCGUGUCCGCGGAGGGAGAAGAGGAGCAGGAAGCCUGGUUCCAUGCCAUCCUGGAGCUGCAAUCACAGGUGCGCUCCCUGUCCUCUUCCACUGAUGGUGCCGCCUGGCCAGGCCCGGCCUUCCGCGAGGUCUGGCAAGUGAGCCUGCGUCCUCGAGGUCUAGGACAAACCCGCAACCUGUCGGGGAUCUACCGGCUGUGCCUGACUGAGCGCACCAUGAGCCUCCUGCGCCUUCGCUGUGACACCCCCUCCGUUACCCUCCAACUCAUGAACGUCCGGCGCUGUGGCCAUUCUGACAACUAUUUCUUUGUGGAGGUGGGACGGUCCGCAGUCACCGGCCCCGGAGAGCUUUGGAUGCAGGUUGAAGAUUCUGUUGUUGCCCAAAACAUGCACGAGACCAUUCUGGAAGCCAUGAAGUCUCUAAGUGAGGAAUUUCGCCCACGGACCAAGAGCCAGUCCCUUUCCUCCACACCUAUCACUGUCCCAUCCAGACGUCAUAUGCCGAACCCACCACCCCCCAGCCAAGUUGGCUUGUCCCGACGCUCCAGAAUUGAGGCUUCGGUGGACAGCUCACCGGCGGCUAAACCUCACUCCUUACCCAGGGACCACAGCCCGUGUUCUCCUGAAGAGGGUGAAGAAAAGCGUCCACGUGUGGAAGCCAACCAGACCUCUGUCGACUAUGGUUCGGCCUCGUCAGAUGAGUAUGGGUCAAGUCCUUGCCUUUUCGAGCCUCCGAACUUUCUUCCGCCGUCGCCUGUAUCCGGAGAAACCAAUUACAUCUCCAUGGGACAGGUUGGUAGAAGGCCGCAGUCACUGGACAUUGUAUCUGCAUUCAUCGGACCUCAUGAGGAAGAAGACCGAAAAGCAGUGAGAUUAGAACGGGAAGAUAAUUAUGCAAUGAUGGGGAAAAGCGAGCAACGCCAGGAAGCUGGCUACAUGCCCAUGUUACCAGGCAGCCGAUCAUCUCAAGAUUACAUGGCCAUGACACCUAACAGCAUCUCCCCUCCGGCACCUAUAGAAAUGACCGGCUACGUCAUGAUGUCGCCAAUUGGAAGCUACUCCCCAGACCCGGAGAGGACAAGUUGGCCGCCAUCCGGAGAGGUGUCAGUGGGCAGUGCGGACAGUCAGGCUUCAGACUACAUGAACAUGUGGCCCUUGAGCCGCUCCGCUUCUAGUACCCCUCCGCCACCAGAACAUUCGCUGCCCUCCAUUUAUGGUGCCACAAGGAUCCCUGCCUCCUACCGCUCGCUCCCCCGUUCUUACAAAAUAGACCCGGCACACCCUUCUCAUAACUCUUGUUCCUCGUCCUCUGACAGUCUAGAAGACGUCAGCGGUGGAAGGUAUCGUAGGCCUCUCAGUGUUUCCGUGGAUGCGUGGAGUCCAAGUACGUUGCCUGGAAACUACCGCAGGCCCCCUAGUCCGGGGGAGUAUGUCAGCAUCCAUUUCAGGGCCAAAGAGGAAAAGAUGACCAGAAAGAAAGCAGAUGUUCCUCAGGCAGAAUAUAUAGCCAUGGAUACGCAGAACCAUCCGGUAACUAACGGAGACUACACCAAGAUGAGUUUUGAACCAGAGACUUUGGGUUCUCAAGUAAAAAUGGUGGCUGGACAUGUAGUUGAGAAGGCAUCAAAUGCCAUCGUUAAAUUCGGCCAUUUGUCGACAGCGGAACCAAAUUGUAGGCCAGCUGCUGAAAUGGUGCCAUGGCCGUUACCAACCAUAGAGAAGUCUAUGAAGGCAUCAGAAGAUGAUGAUUUCUGGCCCGUUGUUGCCCCAGAGAAGAUGUUUCGGCCCAUAGCACCUGCAGACAAUCUGUUGGCUGCCAGUGCCAAGAUGCCACCUGACACCUUGCCAGAAAAUACAUUGGGUCACGUGGAGAAGACCGUGAUAGCAAAGGCUUCUCCUGAGGACAUGGAACUGCGGGGUCUGCUUGCUGCAGUGAGUGGCUGUAAUUUGGUCAAGGGGCCGGACCGUGCAAAGCUCACUAGGAGCGACCAUCCGGGGAGAACGAGACACUGCUCCGAUCAUCUCUCCAAUCCAGCCAGUUCCUGCAACGGAACCCGGGCUCCAGUAGAAGAGUCUGGGCUAAAUUAUAUUGACUUAGAUCUCGCUAAAGAUGUAGGAUCUACACCCCCCAUCGCAACACUAAUGGGGAACACUGUGACGCAGCCAAUGAAGACUGGUAGCCUGGGGGCCAGUCCCUGCAUCAACACCUAUGCCAGCAUUGACUUCCAGAUCUCUGGAGAGCUCAGGAGGGGCAGCAGAGACGGAACAGAAUGCUGAAGCGCCUGCCGCAGAUGACCCAGAGUCCUUCCCACGUCUGAGGCGAUGAGAGGAGGAAAAUGUGGUCUGGGCGCUGCGUGAAAUUUUUGCCAUUUUAUAUUUGCACUUUCUGUAAACCCUACGUCCUAAAAGUGACCCCGAAACUGCAGGACUGGUCUUUUUCUUUUUUUUAAAAAGUGCCUUUAUUCCCCAUGAAAUGGGAUUAUUCAUCCUUUUUUAGCAUCUGACAAUGUAGGCCUCAAGGCCUAACUCUAGCCGGUCACCAUAGCAACGGGGAGUAAAGAUGCAGAACUCAUAGUAGCUCAGUCAUGUGAGGUAAAUCUAUUGGCUUUGUGCCAUGUUUAAGUAGCAAUUGGUGCUCUGCAGCCUAGUACGUGUUGGGCUAAACCGACCCUGCUGUGUAUGCUUAGCGGAGGCAGCCAUUUUGUCUGAUGGGCAUGAUAUGGCGGACAAAAAAUGGCUGCCUCCACUGUGUGCGUGUAUGUGUGUGUUGGCGACGGGCAGAUAUUAUAAAUGUGUGAACGCUCAAGCAGAAUUCACCGUAGAGAAUAGCCAUAGUGCGGUCUGCGACUGACGGGCGGCGGUGCCAGGUUGGCACAUCAGGGGCUGUUCAUUUCAAGAGGUACGAAAUAAAGGUAAAGAUUGUAGAAGUGCCUAGAUACAGGUACGGUCUUGUUAUAGACAGAAAAGGUGCCAAAACCACACCACCGCCGCUCGCCCUCCCUUGCCCGAGACGUGGGUGGUGGGGGAGUUGUAGAUUAAUCGUAAGUGCUUUUGUUUUACCAAAACUGGCCUUUUACAGUAUAACCUCCGGUUCGGCUAAUUACCAUUUUAUUUCUGGUACUUUUACCCAGUUACUGGGAUAUGAACUGUACCCGCUGCCCGCGUGAGGUGGACAUUUUGAGGCCUAGAUUACUCUUCGUAGCAAUCCCAGCCCAUUCGAUAUGCUGAUGUGCUUUCAUUUGUUGCCGUGACGUCGCCACCUCCCGGCAAAGCCCUAGGCUUCAUGUUAGAUCCAGACCUCAAAAUGGCUGCCUCCCAGAAUGGGCGUAGGGUACGGUAACACUAAGUGUCUUUGUGUCAAACGUCUGGAUCUGUUUUAGGUCAUUUUAAAGAAUUUUGAAACCAAAUAAUAAUGAAAUGUACAGCUGUUAAUGGAGAAAUGUAAUAUAUAGAGUAUGAUAUAAAAGUAUUAUGGUUUGAGAAAUCUUUAUUAAACUAUGGAAUUAUUAAUUAUCUGGGUGCUAGAACACCGUCUAUAAAAAAUAAAUAAAUAUUGGAUUGCCGCAGCAACCGUACGAAUUGCCGUAUGCGACCGAGUUACCACGGUAAUCCAGUGCAAUUUAUCAUGAGGGAAACUUUGACGGGUGUGUGCUGACUAAUAAAGAAAUAAUUAUAACUACACAAGACCCUCCUUUGCCAAACAUAGGUGGGCCGUAGCCUGGAUAACAUUGCUAAAUCUAAAAAUAGUAUUUAAGACGUUAGAGUACGAGCUGGUCUCCCCCCCCCCUCCCCCUCUGUAUAUUGUGGGUCAAUGGAACAUUCCAAAUGCUAAUGGGGGAGGGACUGUUAGAGACAAGAAUCUGAGCCAAUGAGAAUGCUCCCUUGCCAUAGGCACGCCCUGCGUUUGUUCUGUGAGCGAGCUCCGAGGGGAGUUCAGGCCCUUUAUGGGGCGCUCACAAAAUGGCCACUACCGCCGGUGUUAGGGCCCCAAGUAGCGGGAGAAAUGCAUUGUAUAAGCUAUGUGUAUAAAUAAAGUGUUUGAUCGCCUUA